AUGGUUUGUGGCAUAGAUGCACCCGAUUCUGCUGGCACUCCAGUCCAACAGCGUCGCAGCGAUAGAAUUCGCAAAAAAAUGGCUGGAAUUGUUAAAGAUGUGAUCGUGGCUGCUGGCUCCAAAGCCCGUCAAACAAGCGUGACCGCAAAAAACGAAGUCGAGCCAGCCAAAGUACAGGCUGUUCCACACCAUAGUUUGCGACCAAGUGUGGAACAGGUCUCUGUACAAGAGUCGAACCCAGGGGUUGGUUUCCAUGACGGUGUCCUACCCGAAACCACCCUGGAGAGACGCAGGAGGCAAUAUAAACCAACCGGGUCCCGCCAUAUUGCCUCCAUUAAUACCAGUUGGGAGGAGCGGGACCAACAAUGGCGAGCCAAAAGACUAGAAAGCUACAAAGCUUCAUCUAAGGCCGCCAGAGAGACCGCAGUGUUCAAGAAACGCAACUUGAACAUUUGCGGAUGGGGGAACUCACGGAAGAAUCUCGGCAACUACCUUAGUAUUUGCUGGGAUUACAACUCAGACCUGGAUGAAGACAAUGAUCAGACACUCCCAGAGCGUGCUGCAUUCCCUCUUCAAUAUAGCAACGCUGCCGGAACAGUGGUUGAGUCCGGCGUGAUCUAUCAUCCGCAGACAAUUGUCGACGGUGGUAAGGAUCACCUGAAUGGAUACUGUUUCACAGUCCAGUCAGAGCUUGCCCUGAAGUUUGAAGCAGCACAGCGGGUGUUGUUUCAACAGGCGAGUGACCUCAUCCAAGGCUCCUUCUAUCAAUACAAUAUGGACCUGUCUUUGGAUUCCAGUCUUGAUGACGGAUUCACCAUUGAUAUUUUUGUGUCGUCGGCCCCUUCAAAGGAUUUGGCCGACAUCACAGUCCGAGGGGUGACGCAGUUCAUCUUUAUGAAGUCGUACAUUUAUGUCGACAAGAUCUGCGUCGCACAAAAAUAUCAAAAAAUGGGAAUCGGGGCUUUUUUGAUGGAUAGGAUCCUCAAAAUCGCCCAAAGGCGAAACAAAGACAUUCUCCUGUACGCACUUGGCCCUGUUAUAGGUGCGUACAAGAGAUGGGGUUUCCAAUAUUGUAAAGAGUGGCCGCCAAUUCCCAAGGACGUUGGCGCGGUCAUGCGGAAGCGUAUCCGCACAGAAGGAGUCAAAGACGAAUAUGUUGGCCUGGAGUGGGAUGGUACAGGCUUCUCUUAG